AUGGCACAACAAUUGAAAACGUCUCUCCCAGAGACCUUUGCAGCCAUGAAUGCCCAACGACCGUCGCCGCCAUCAUAUCUGCACCCCACACAGGAUGAGCAAGACAGAUAUCUUCAAGGAAGGCCUGGGGCUACACAACACCACCUGGAGAUCGCCUUACAGCAUGCGCAGCAGAUUCAAACACAAAAGGACGCCGAGGAUAUCAUUCUGAAUAACAUCCUGGACCUCCUCGACCUCCCCUCAAACCCAAACGCCGACCCCGCCACACCGUCAGAAGAAGAUGCACGGAAAUUAAAAAUUUCAUUGGCCCCCUUCCGCCCAAGCGACUAUGACAACCUAAUUUUGGAGCGCAACUACGGUGACCUCUGCGGUUACAGUCUAUGCCCAAAACAACAUCGGAAAGACAACAGAGGCCGGGGAGGCGGGUUCCGGUUUACGUACGGUGCAAAGGGAAGCGGGCCUGGAGGACGCGGACGCGCCGUGGAUAUUGUUCCCCAGGACAAGGUUGAGAAAUGGUGUUCGGAUGCUUGUGCCGAGCGCGCUCUUUGGCUUCGUGUGCAGCUUUCUGAGGUGCCAGUGUGGGAGCGGCGGGCUGGCGACACGCGGGGUGGGCUGAUUCUUCUGCUGGAGGAGGCACGCGCUAGACGGCAGAAGGCUCCUGCGGCUACUGGCACUGUUUCUUCUGUCGUGGAUGAUCUGCAGAAUCUAAGGCUAGGAGACAGGUCUCGCGAGCUUGCGAUUGAACGUGGUGAUACUAGUACAGUGGUUCGAAAUGGACGUGUGAACGUCGAUAUCAGGGAAAACGAGCGUGCUUCCCAGCGUGCUGUUGAUGCUCCGCAGUGGCGUCCCGAGGAUGCGAUGGGGGGCUCGAUUGAGGGUUAUGUACCCAGAGCGCAGCAAGACCAACAUGUUCAGGAUGAAGAUGGAGACAUCGAUGUGCUCGAUCAGAUUUGA